UCGAUUCAUAAUCAUUAAUGUCUGACUAACAGUCUGUCGGUCUGAUUGGUUUUCUUUAGAUUUAUGUAGGUAUGGUAUUCAUGUAUGUCAGGAUCCCACAAAAGUGAAAUCUAUUAACGCUGAUGCACCUUAGCUAAAAGCAUGCUAAACUCAGAAAAAAGUGCUCCCCCUUCCCCGCCGGUGCAUCGAAACGCCGAAAUGUCGGGUUUGUACCGAAAUGAAGAAGUGCUACAUUAACAGAAAACAAUGGAAGAAGAUUCAUGGAAUCCUAGCCCUUCAAGCUCCAUUUCACAAUCACCACUGAAUUUCUUAUCCCCUUCAGAACCACGACGGAAAAAAAGAAAAUUAACCUCAAGCUCUCGAUUGCAAUCUCGAUCUUUUGAAAGUGAUGACAGUUACAACUCUGAAGUGAAAUAUGGGAGGUGUUGUGGAAAUCAUGUUUCAAAAUGGGAUAUUUGUGUGUUAGAAUCAGUUGGAAUCUUAUAUGAUGAAAAGGCAACAGAAUUGUCAGAGUUAUAUAAAUCAUCCCUGGAAGACUUGUAUCCAAUAGUAUUUGAAGGUAUCAAGGAUCAUGCAGUGUUUUGGACUAAACUUCUUGAGAUUAAGGAAUGUCUGAUAGAAUCAACGGAAAAAUGCAUGCAAAGCUUAGAUGCUGGUCAUAUGUCACAAUUGGAGUCAAGUGUUUAUAGAAAAGAAUUUGACAAAAGUUUUCAAGCAGUAACAAAAAUUAAAGAGGAAAUGUUGAUGAAGAUUGGAUCUCCAUCAUCAUUAGAUUAUCUUUCCAGGUACAUAUUUAGCAUAUGGGGCACUGGGAUUUCGGAGUAUGUUCACUAUUACUCUGGCCUAAUAAAAGAAUUGAAUACUGAGAGAAGAUCUGGAGUGAAUGGAGAAUUCAGUCAGCUUCUAAUAUUCUUCAGCAAGAUAUUCCUGUUGAACCCUUUGAGAGGGGAUGCUAAGCGGAAAAUGCAAAUGAGGCUUAAUGGUGUAGAUACAACUAGUGUUCCAGAUGUAAGAUACAGCUUGCUUGGAGAUUGUACACCUUAUCAGAGAAAUUCAUCUGUGCUGACAGUGACUUCUGGAGAGAUGAAGAUGUGGAAGUUUAAAGAUUUGGAAUCUGCCCCUGAUUUCAAUAUCAGAGACCUGAAGUUUCAAGGGCAAUCUUUAGACAGAUUAUUAGGACAGCAUGGUGGUGAACUUUUAGUGGAAAACUUGAAUUCUGUUCUAUUUAAUACAGUUUUAGGAAUAAUUUGCAUUCAAACCACGGUCAUUUUCACAUGUUUGAAGUUGGACCCUGAGCAUUUAAGAGAAUUAGAGGAUGCUUCUAAGCCGGAAAAUGGGAGAAGUAGAAUUCAUUAUUCAAAGCCUUACAACUUUUUAGUGAAAAAAGAUCGAGAAGAAAUUUUGGAUACAAUGUUUCAUCUUGGAUUGCUAUGCAGAGUUAGAAGUUUACACUUUUAUCAGGAUUAGCAACAUACACAUUUUGCCUUUUUGUGUUACUAAGUCCUUUACAUGUAAUAAAGAUCUUUCUGCCCCACCAUUAAAAUGGACAGGGAAUAUAGUGUUCGGCAAGAAUGUCCAUCUGUUAUUCCUCUAUCUUUUUGUCCAUUUGUCUGUCUGCCAUACCCUCUAUCUUGUGAACUGUAAGAGGUAUGAAUUUGAUAUUUUGCACAUAUAUUGUUUGGCACUUUG